AUAUGAAGCAAUCAUACCACAGUACAGUAUUGUGCUGCAUUGUGUAUGGCCUUGGACAUUCUCUUGCUGACAUUAUAAAGAUUCGCCACAGCUGCUAACGGCAACUCAUUGCUGAGAUGUGGGGAGCUUUUCAGUGACCAACGUUCUCUUGUUCUACGUCUGAGCUAAAAAAAUAAUUAAUUAGCAGAAAAAAAAUACUUGGACAGGUGGACAGUUUGUUUGCAUUUCUGCCCGAGGUCUUUACACUAGUUUCUGCAAGUUUAUAGUAAGCCAUAUACUUGCAAUUUUGUAAUAAUUUCUAAAUGCACUUCCUUACUGAAUGUAAAUCAUGUUUCCUCACAUGCAAGUGUUACAUAGCAGCUGGCAGCCCCUUCCCAGACCAGUGCUGACAACAUGCGUGUGGGAAUUGGUAUUAAAUCCCCCUCAUGGUUACAAGGUCGGUUAUUUUUGAAUCACCGCACCCGUGUGCAAAGAGGAGGGGAGCAGGAUCAGAUUCCUAAACAGGACGGAGACGGAGAAUGUAAGUGAAAGAGAGAUCUUUCUGGGCAACGUCUUGCGGGCAACCAGAUAGCGUUUAAUAAGUUAUCAUAACUCGAGUGGAUCACCAUGAAACUCAGCUUGGCUUUGUUCUUCGCCGGUGUGUUUGGGGCUCUCGGUGUCCUGCUCUUUCUUGUGGCUUUUGGCACGGAUUACUGGCUUCUCGCCACCGAAAGAUGUCCCUCUGUCGAAAAUAGAAUGGAUUCGUUCUCUGCAGAGAGGGGAGAUAUCAUUGUUUCCCCCCAUAAAGCUGGUGCCACUUACCACCAUGAGGGAUUUUUCUGGAGAUGCUGGUUUAAUGAAGCGGUGAUGGAUGACAACAUCUGGAAAUUCUGGUUCACUAACCAGCCUCCUUCAAAGUUCUGUAUGCACGCAUACCUUCUCCCAUUCCCUUUGACAACUGAAGCACAUAAUUCCACAGCCUAUGAGACUGCAAUCAUUUACAGAGGCUUUUGGUCUGUAUUCAUGAUGUUGGGCGUCGUAGCUGCCACUGUCGGAGGCUUCAUCAUCAUCUGUGCUGCUCCAUUUUCCAAUUAUAAUCUAUACAAAGCAGGUGGUGGACUAUUUCUGUCUGCUGGUAUGUUAUUCACGAUACUCGUCAUUAUGUAUGUCAUCUGGAUCGAAACUGUCAUUGAUAUUCCAGAAUACAUCCUGAAGCAGAGAACAAACGUCUGCUUUGAUUUUGAGCUGAGCAUUCAGUAUGGAUGGUCUUUCAUAAUUGCUCCCAUUGGGAUAUUUUUCUCCUUGCUGGCAGGCUUGUUGUUCCUUCUUGCUGGCCACACCAUUCAAAUUCAUUAUGAUUAAAAGACAAAUCCUAUGCAUUAAAAAUGAGAAAUCACUGCCUUUAAUGCGAAGAAAGUUUGCCAAAUGUACACAUUAGAAAUAAUUUUUUUUUAAUGCAACUUCGAACAUCAUUCUGGUGAUAUGAUCUUCAUAUUUGUAUACCAUGAACAAUCUUUAGACUUGUUUACAAUUUAGAAGCAGGUACAAACAUGAAAUUGCUGAAAAACUAAAUAUAAUCUCAAACCAACUAUUUUAAAGCCUUGCUGUGUUAGUUUGAAAAAAUAAUAAUCCCAUUCUAAAUAAUUGUUUAGUAUUGUUUUACUUGGCAAUUUAUAAUCAAUUGAUAGCUGUACAAUGAGGAAUUGAUUUUCUUUGAUUUCGCCAAAGGCAAAUAUUAAGAAACAUCUGAAUGCAAUAAUUACAAACGUCCAAAGAGGUAGAUAGAUAUCUCAGGGAUAUCUUUAGAUUGCUGAUAUUACUUUCAAUGCCUAUUGACACAAAAACGAUAGUGUUGAUUAUUACACUAAAACAAAUUAUUAAUUGGAGAAUGAUAUUUACCCGUUCAUGUAGAUUAAUGACAAAGGAAAUUCAUUUGUGAACAAGUCUAAAAGGUUCAAGGCAACUUGUUAGCAAAUGAAAUAGAGUGGGUUGUUUUGCAAAUUCUGAUAAUUUAAUAUUAUUAAAAUCAUUUGUGUGCAGUUGUCAUUCAUAACCCCAACCCAGAACUGGUGUCAAUGAGGUGCACCAAUUGUCAAUAAACCAGCAAGAGGACAAAUAAGUGAACAUCUUUAUUCAUUUAAUCAACGGCUAUAGGAUAGAAUGAAUGUGAGGUUGGAAAGCAAGUUCCUGUUCUCAGCCAAGAAAUAUCAAUUACAGGUCUUAUAUUGAAGUAAUUGUAACAAAUAAGUACUAUCUGUUCUUUUUAGUUAUUUGACAACUGUUCUUAUUGCAAUAAAUUACUGCCCCCUUAUUAGAAGCCCUGGCGAUAGAAGGAGCAAAGUAAAGACAUGUUUAUUUUCUAAAAGUGAAGAAUUUUGCAUGACUGUAAUGUGUGUUGUUAGUGCAUGAAAUCCAUUUAUCUUAUAUUCACGGAUAACACUUUAUAUGACCCUAUUCUAAUUGCUAUCAGUGAUGAUGGUGGUUCAGUCAAUUGGGCAUUUUAGAUUUUUCAUAAAGAUUGACUGAAUGAUCAGCACAAGAAAUGUCUCAAAUCCUCAUUAUAUUAUAACAAUUAAGAACAGGGUAUGCCAGAAACCUUAGGUGAAAUGUCCUGUAUCCAACAUCCCCUGCUUGGACCAUUUUAAUAAAUACCUACUCAAGG